GAAGAGAUGAACCAUGACCAGGAUGCUGCUGCGCGACGGGAAAAUCGACGAAAGAGUGCAAGCGUGGCGGUGGAUGAGGACGUUGAGGACGAGUCGCUUGUGUUAGACAUGGGAGGCGAUUCUCCUGGGAAACCGCAAACGACGGGAACGGGUCCCAUGUUGCCGAGGAUCCUUCGCACCGUCGACACGUCCAAAGAUAAGAAGCAGCAUGAACUGUGGGACCACAUGCGCAUGAUCGUGUUAUUCGCGUGCACAGCAGAGGCGAUCACGACUUGCUUCACUCCGCGGUGGGUGCACGAGUCGACGGGAAUCAACGUCAGCGCGACGUUGUUGAACAUCCUUGGACCGUUCCUCGAAGGCACCGCGCAGUACCUUGAGGAGACCACGUCGCAUGCUGAAUGGAAGCGUGCGUGUUUUUACUUUCGGUCGGUGUUCUUGGGGGUGUUCACGUCGUACUGUUACAUGGUCGAUCACGCUGGGGACCUCGUGGGCAAACACCCGAUGAUCGGGCCGUUGUACAUCGUGUCUUCCCUUUGCUACGCGUGCGUGGCCUUUCGUGUGGGCCAGACUUUCAUGCGUGUGUUCACGACAUAUGUCUUCCAGCCGGACAAGCACAUUCCUGCGUCCGUCGUGGGCUGGGCUCUCACGACGUUUGUGGCCGCGGUGCUCUUGGUCGCCAUUGCCGGCCCUCCCGGCUUUGUUCGAGACCCGAACGACGCGCAAUUCCUUGGAUCGAUCCCCGUCAACGACGGACUCGAGCUCGUGAUGGGCAUGAUCAUGUCCAUUUUGGCGGCGUGGCUGUCGUCGUUCGUGUCAUUCGGGAGCUACGACGGCUCCAUCGACUGGGGCACAUGGCGAUGCAACUUGGCGUCGGUGAUCCUCACCGUCCUGGCGUACGGCGUCCACUACGUCCUGCCCGUGGUGGCGCACAACGUAGCCGUCAAGAAGUUUGUGUCGUCGUUCUGUGGCUCGCUCUCUGGGUUUUCCGCCACCGUGGCAGCUACGAUGGUGUUGGCCGACCAGAACAAGCGACCUGUGGCCAUGGCCAACUUGGGGCUCAAUAUUGUCACGGCGCUGGCGUUCGUGCCGUACUUGCGAGCUUAAUAUGUGACGAUGUUUUGCCGUCGAAAUUAUUAUCCGUUCACAAAAGGGCAAUGUGGAAAGGCAACAUGAUGACAUGUCACAAUGUUUCAAAGUCAACUUGAGUCAUAUUGACUUUUCGCUGCAACGCAACGUCAUAUUAUGACGUUGUCGCAGACUACUAACCACAAUACUAAUACUAGUUGGACUGCAAACACCGUCACAGGCAUACCCGACCUGACGGAUUAACACGACAUUGUAUAACACGGGUCGGUUAGUUGAUGUAGUUGUUGAUAACGACGGUUUCGUUGUCCUUGGCCAACACGUUGUCCAGGUCGUCCCACCAUUGCGGCAACAGACCUUCGGAAAUGAGACGGAACCACGGGGAAAUGAGCAGACUCGAGUCGUUCAACACGUCUUUGAGCUCGUCGCGGGCCACGUAGCGCACUUCCGCGACUUCGUUGUCGUUGAGGUCGUACUUGACGUUGGCGCGCACGAGAAGGAUAUGGUCUACUUCGUAUUCGCUCCAGUUGUCGUCGUACGGGGCGCGGUACAGCACCUUGGUGACGAACUUGAACUGUUCCGGCUCGAACGUGUCGGUCUUGAUACCCAGUUCUUGCUCGAGCUUGCGGAUCGCAGCGCGCUUGACCCCCAAGUGCUUGUCUUCUUCCAGUUCUUCAGGAAAGUACAACGGAUGGCUGCAGCAAGUAUUCGCCCAGAAGUUGGGGAACGUGAUCUUCUCCGCCGCACGCUUUUGGAUGAGCAGUUGGUUGUCCGAGUUGAAAAGGAACACGCUGAACGCGCGGUGCAGCACGCCGUCCUUGAAGUGCGACUCCUUCUUCGAGAUGGGACCCACGACGUUGUCUUUCUCGUCGACUUGGAUGACCAUUUCUUCCAUCAACUUGACUUGGACCUCGUCCGCAGUGGCGAUCACAGAGUCGUACACAGUAGAGACCAUGGUGGGGGGAUGCACGAGGGCGGCUGAAGUUUCGGACUGACCACUGCCGCACUGCAUGUGUAAAC